CUUGAAAAUGUCGGAUGGAGGUUAAAAAUUGCAAGGAAUUUGAGUAUGGGAAUCUCGAACACAACACAGCAGUUUUGCUGUCUCUGUCCAGAUAUUUAAGAAGUGGAGCUGGGGUUUCAGUCAAUCAUCCUUCCUGCUUAGACUGUCAGGAGGGAUUCACUCGAUCAUCUGACCAACUGGCAUGCCCAUUAGUUUACAUGGAGGGGAGCCCAUUCAUCUUCUCAGACAGUGGGAAUGAAUUCACUCGGUCAUCUCAACUGAAGGUACAUCAGCGAGUUCACACUGGGGAAGGCCAUUCACCUGUCCUGUGAGUGAGAAGGGAUUCAGUUGGUCUUCCCACCUGCGGACACACCAGUCAGUUCACACUGGGCAGAGGCUGGUCAACUGCUGAAUUUGUGGGGAAGGAUUCACUCGGUCAUCUGACCUAAUGGCUCACCAGCGAGUUCACACUCGGGAGCGGCUGUUCACCUGCUCGGACUGUGGGAAACGAUUCACUCAGUCAUCUCAGUUACUGAGACACCAGUCAGUUCACACUGGGGACAGGCCAUUCACCUGCUCAGACUGUGGGAAAGGAUUCAUUUCAUCAUAUCAGUUACUGAAACACCAGUCAGUUCACACCGGAGUGUGGCUGUUCACCUGCUCAGACUGGGAUGCGAUUCACUGAAUUAUCUCGACUGAAGAUACAUCAGCGAGUUCACUCCGGAGAGAGGCCAUUCAACUGCUCAGACUGUGGGAAGGGAUUUGCUCAGUCAUCUCAACUGAAGGUACACCAAAGAAUUCACACUGGGGAGAAGCCGUUCACCUGCUCGGACUGUGGCAAGGCAUUCACUUCAUCAGCUCACUUACUGAGACACCAGUCAGUUCACACUGGGGAGAGGCCAUUCACCUGCUCAGACUGUGGGAAAGGAUUCACUUCGUCAUAUAAGUUACUGAAACACCAGUCAGUUCACACCGGAGAGUGGCCGUUCACCUGCUCAGACUGCGGGAAGGGAUUCUCCGAAUUACCUCAACUUAAGGUACAUCAGCGAGUUCACACUGGGGAGAGGCCAUUCACCUGCUCAGACUGUGGGAAGCGAUUCGCUUCGUCAUCCCAUCUGAAGAUACAUCAGCGAGUUCACACUGGAGGGAGGCCAUUCACCUGCUCAGACUGUGGGAAGGGAUUUGCUUCGUCAUCCCAUCUGAAGAUAAAUCAGCGAGUUCACACUGGAGAGAGGCCGUUCACCUGCUCAGACUGUGGGAAAGGAUUCGGUCAGUCAUCUCAACUGAAGGCACACCAGGGAGUUCACACCGGAGAGUGGCCAAUCACCUGCUCAGACUGUGGGAAGGGAUUCACUUCGUCAUCCCAUCUGAAGAUACAUCAGCGAGUUCACACUGGAGAGAAGCCGUUCACCUGCUCAGACUGUGGGAAAGGAUUCACUCAGUUAUCUCAACUGAAGGCACACCAGGGAGUUCACACUGGAGAGUGGCCAAUCACCUGUUCAGACAGUGGGAAGGGAUUCGCUUCGUCAUCCCAUCUGAAGAUACAUCAGCGAGUUCACACUGGUGAGAGGUCGUUCACCUGCUCAGACUGUGGGAAGGGAUUCAUUUUGUCAUCCCAUCUGAAGAUACAUCAGCGAGUUCACACUGGUGAGAGGCCAUUCACCUGCUCAGACUGUGGGAAGGGUUUCACUUCAUCAUCCCAUCUGAAGAUACAUCAGCGAGUUCACACUGGUGAGGGGCCGUUCACCUGCUCAGACUGUGGGAAAGGAUUCACUCAGUCAUCCAUCCUAAAGGCACACCAGCGACUUCACACUGGGUAGAGACCGAUCUGCUCAGACUUUGGGAAAAGAUUCUCUCAGCCAAAUCAACCAGUGUGCAUCACUGAGUUCACACUGGGGAGAGGCCAUUCACCGGCUGUGAAUGUAGGAAGCGAUUCACUCAGUCAUCUAAUCUUAUGUAGCUCUCAGUUCUGCUGGCAGCUUAACAGAGGGGGUUAUAGCCUGCCCACCCCAGUCUGGCCAAACUGAAGAAUCUCGUUUGGGUGGAUAGUGAGUGAUGUGUCCCCUUUCUGUGAACUGUCUCUUUAAAAUGCAAAGAGAACCGAGACUGACUUUGGACACGCUGUUGGAUUUCUGCAGAAGUGCUGGGUUGCUAUGGUGACCAGCUAAUGUUUAUGUUCUGUGUGGCUAAGCAAGGUCAGAAUGAUCCUUUACCGACACAGAACAAGCAAGCGACUUCUUACAGAGAGAGGGGGCGGAGCUACGUGAUGGACAGAUGGUGUUCAGCACAACGGUAUUUAAACACACGUAACUGCUUUUCUCGCAGGGCACGCAGACGCUCAAAGGCUAGUGAUGAAAGUUUCUGAUAGUUGGACUUUCUUGUACCCACAAGGGUGGGAUUUGAGGAUCGAUAAUCUGUGGCUGUUAGUGCGUGUAAGAGCGACCCUAUGGGAUCUACCGGUGAGUCUAACCCUUGCUUGGGUUGGCACCUUGAAGAAGGUGCUCUUGAGUUGGUCACGUCUGGCUAACUUGGAAGAUUUGAUGGGCAUUGGAAAAGGUCGACAACAGCUGUUUACUUGGAUUACAUCUCCCUCACACUCGCCCUCUCCUUCCCUCCCUCCCUCCUCCCCCUCCAAUCUUGUAAACUAAAUUGAAUCUACCACAUCAUCGUAAGACUGAUGGUGCAGACUCGAGGGGCCGAAUGGUCUACUUCUGCACCUAUUUCCUAUUGUCUAUUGACUAUGUCGUUUACCACCUAGGUUUUGGAUUUUAUAUACAGGUGGCUCCUGUUUUUCGGACGUUCGCUUUACAACAGCUCACUGUUAUGAAAGACCUACGUUAGUACCUGUUUUUUCUAACCAAAGAGGAUUUUCACUUUUAUGAUAAAGAUGAUGCCUGCUUUAUAUGUGAGUUUACCCCGAGAAAGACUACCGUGACCAUGAAGCCUUGUGCGGCGGUUGUGUAUGCAUGUGUGCACGUGCCGAUUUUUUUUCUCUCCAAAUCAAUUUCAUUUCACUAUCUUCUGGAUUUUCAGUGAAACUACACCGUACAUACAAUAUUUCUACUUUAUAUAGUGUGUAUACUUAUCAUAUCAUUCCUACUUUUACAAUAGGUUAGUGUUAUUUUAGGUUUUAUGUGCUAUUUGGUAUGAUUUGGUGGGUUAUUCUUUGGGCCUGGGAACGUCCACAAUCUUUUCCCAUUUAAAUUAAUGGUGAUUGCUUCUUCGCUUCAUGACAUUUCGGCUUACAAAUGGUUUUAUAGGAACGCUCUAGCUUUACAUGCAGGGGGAAACCUGUAUUCACACCUAUAUAUGCAUAACAUUGCUAACCCUUGGAUUAUCUGGUUUAAGUUCACUAUUAUUAGUAGUUACCAAUAAAAUAGUGUUUGUUCACUGCAAAACCAGACUCCCAAGUGUGUUCAACUGUUGCUGGUAGUUUUAUAGGUUUGCGUCUGUGUGACACCUGAAGUAACAAAUGGUACAUAAUAUGUGAUUACACUAUUAAGAUUUAUAAUUCUUACUUUUAAUAAAGGGUCAGUAAAGAAAACAAAAAAAAAAUGAAAAAGGGCCCACUCUCUCCAUUCACGUCUUCUCAUCUCUCCCCAGCAAAAGGCCAUGAAAAUCUCUCUUCCAGACUCACAAGGAAGAACAUUUCUGUCAUUGGAUAGUCCCACACUCCAAAACCCUGUUAUCUCUAGUCGUAACCUAAACAUUGCUGCUGCAGAGAAACCAUUACCUCAGCAGUGAAACAUUACAGAGAGGCCAUUACAUCAGCAAUG